CGAAGCCUCCUAGCAAACCCUCUCCGCCGUCGGUCCUCCUUUUCCUUCCUUACCAAGGACAUGGCCGGCCGACCUCUUCCACCUCUUCUCCGCCUCGCCGCCGCCUCCUUCGUUCUCCUCCUCUUCUUCCUCCACCUUCCCCCCGCUCAUUCUCAGAUCGUCCCCGUCAUCGACGACAAUUUCGCCUACAGCUUCCCUAACUUCCUCUCUGACGCCGACGGUGUCGACCUCUUGACAUUCAACGACUCCGAAAUCAGAGGUGGCGCCCUUCAGCUCACCCCCGAUACCUCCAACAUCGCCUCCAGCUACCUCGUCAAUAAAUCCGGUCGAGUCUUCUACAACAUGCCUUUUAAGGUUUGGCAGAUUAACUCCUCUUCCUCCUCCAACGCCACCGCCAAGCAGGUUCUGUCCUUCAACACCUUCUUCAAAAUAAACGUCUUCCGUGUCGGCAACAUGACCCCAGGCGAGGGCUUGGCUUUCCUCCUCUCCUCUGACCUCCGUCCGGCGCCGCCGGGGUGCCAUGGUGCCUUUCUCGGCCUCACCAAUGCUUCCUUCAACGGGAACCCCGACAACCACUUCGUCGCCGUUGAGUUCGACACCGUCAGGCAGGCCGAUCUGGGCGACCCCAAUGACAACCACGUCGGCCUCGACAUCAACGGUGUGAACUCCACGAAGACAUUCUCCGAUUUGAACUUUUCGAUCGCACCUGUGAACGACACCAACUACACCGUCUGGAUCGAUUACGAUGGUGGGGUGCGCUAUUUGCGCGUUUACAUGGCGAUCGACGACGAUCCAAAGCCGGCCUCCGCCGUGCUCGAAGCGCCGCUCGAUCUCAGCGAGUACCUGAAGCAGGAGUUGUACUUCGGGUUUGCCGCCUCGACGGGGACUAACUACGAGCUUAACCGCGUGCUGUCGUGGAAUCUGACCGUGCAGAUGUUAACCGAUGGCCGAAAAGGCGUGCCGCCGUGGAAGAUUGGCGCGAUCGUUGGGGGAGUCUUAGUGUUCGUGAUAGCGCUUGGGGCUGGGCUAUUUGUGUGGCUGCAGAUGAGGAAGAGGAUGGCGAGAGAUGCCGCCGCCAGUAGCAGCAGCGCGCUUGUAUUGGGUGCGCUGAAGAGCCUACCGGGGACGCCGAGGGAGUUCGAGUUCAAGGACCUCGACAAGGCGACCAACAAUUUUGACGAGAAGAUGAAGCUGGGGAAAGGGGGCUUCGGCGAGGUGUACCGGGGCGUGUUGCCUGGGGAGAACAAGCAGGUGGCCGUGAAGCGAUUCUCCCGGGGUGGCACCUUCGCUCCCAACGACUUCCUCAAGGAACUCACCAUCAUCAACCGCCUUCGCCAUAAGAACCUCGUCCCCCUUGUCGGAUGGUGCCACGCCAACAGUAUGCUGCUGCUGGUCUACGAGUACAUGCCUAAUGGCAGCCUUGACCACCACCUGUUCGACGGGCCCAACAGCAAUCCGACGACGACCCUGAGCUGGGAGCGGCGAUACAACGUGAUCGCCGGCGUCGCCUCUGCCCUCCACUACCUGCACGACGAGUACGAUCAGAAGGUGGUGCACCGCGACCUGAAGGCCUCCAACAUCAUGCUCGACUCCAACUUCAACGCGCGCCUCGGCGACUUCGGCCUCGCGCGUGCCCUCGAGUCCGACAAGACUUCCUACGCCGAGCUAGAGAUGGCUGGCGUCCCCGGCACCGUGGGCUACAUCGCUCCGGAGUGCUUUCACACCGGCAAGGCCACCCGGGAGUCCGACGUUUUUGGCUUCGGCGCCGUGGUGCUGGAGGUCGUCUGCGGCCGCCGCCCCCGCUGCGACAUCGACGGCUUCAUGUUCCUGUGCGACUGGGUGUGGAAGCUUUUCCGGGAAGGACGCAUCCUGGAGGCCGUUGACGCCCGCCUGGGGGAGGGCUACGACCCCGAGGACGCUCGGAGGCUGCUCCUCCUCGCCCUGGCCUGCAGCCACCCGAUUCCAUCGGAGCGGCCGAAGACGGACGUGACGGUGCAGAUCAUCUCCCGCGCAGUUGCGCCGCCGGCGGUCCCGCACUUCAAGCCCUCGUUCGUGUGGCCAUCCGUCCCUGCCUUGACAGGGGCAUCGAGCUGGUCGGCCUCCGUGUCCACGGUGCCGUCGUCCCACGAAGCGCCAUCCCCGCAGCGGAGACCGCGUAAUUCCGACCCAGAGGGGCACGUGGCGGCGAAAGACCCCCCCUUUCGUCCAAUCUGUUCACCAACCUAUCUGAUGCUUGUGUAAAUACGGACGGCUGCAGGAAAAAAGCGAAGAAAGAACGUUGGCGAGGACCACCGGCACGCGGGCGACCUACCGGCGGUCGAAGGUGCUUCCGGCCCACCGUCUCUUGCCUAUUUGUUUUAUUUGUUAUGUUGGGACCCCCAAAUACUUCCGUUCUCAUCCGUUUUUCUUUCGAAACCGAAAAGUUUUUUUUUCCGGUGGCUAAUGUAUGUUUUUGAUCCUAAUGUAUAUAUUUUAUAAUUGAAGCUCUUUCUAUGUUAUUUCAAUUCA